AUGCUCUUCAACGGGAUUACGACAUGGUUGCGACAAGAUGUCUCGGCAAACCGCUCUGAGGAACACCAGGGAAGUUGACAACAAUGGUCACAUUGGAUGUAUAUCACUUGAACACUUUCCUUGCUCUACUGAUGCUGAUUACCAACACCAAACAUACCAGGAAACCAGCUAACACGAUACAAACUGAACGCUAUGCCCUACCUACCAUGCACCAGGUGUACCAUUCUCUUCUACUGUAGGCAUCACUGAUACGCUAUCCCAAAGGGUCAAAUAAGUUUUUUAUUUUUUUGGUUUGAAAAACGAGUGAUGUACUGCUGUAGCCUUCUUUCCAUCUUCCAUGAUUUUACAUGAAUAUUAUUUAUUUCUCCUUAAAGUCCUAAAACCAGCAAGCUGUCAAUAGACACUGCGCCGUGUCCCCUGUGAAGGUUACAUCUUACAGUACACGACACUACGGAGGGAUUCUCCC